GCCUAACCUAACCUAAUUAGAGAGUGUAUCUAACCUCUCUAAAGAGGUGUCAGUACAGAUGACACUUCAGUGAAAGUAACGAAUUUAGACUUAAAAUAAAAGAAGGUCGAAAGGAAGUAUUAAACAGUAAAUGAUGAAUGCACAAAUAAUGCACCCUUACGAGGGUUUGCUUCAUAAAUAUACGAAUGCCAUGAAAGGCUGGCAAUACCGUUGGUUCAUCCUGAGCCCAGAAACCGGUGAACUUCACUACUUUCUUAGUGAGUCUGAAAAAAAUCAAAGACCCCGCUGUUCCAUAUAUCUUGUGGGUGCAGUAAUUGCACCAAGUGAUGAAGAUUCUAACACCUUCACAGUAAACUCUGCCACGGGUGAAAUGAUAAAACUGAGAGCAACAGAUGCAAGAGCACGUCAGGAAUGGGUGGACAAGCUACGAGCUGUCACAGAAAUGUAUACGAGAGCAAUUGCAAGUAGCCAUCCUCCAUUACCUCCACGAGAACAUUCUGCCAAUCCUACAAGAAGUCCUGUUGCUAAGCUGGAAGUGCUCGAUGCAUUUGCCAAUUGUCGAGAGCAAUUGAGCAAAGUGGAGAAACACAAUCUUGCUCUGGCUCAGUCCAUAGAAAAUUCUAAUCUUAACUUAGACCCGGACUUAUUGGUCCUCAAAGCCACUGCCCAUGCUACUCUUUAUACGCUGAGUCAGUGUUUGAAUAUUCUUUAUCAAUAGUUCAUCAAAGGCAAAAUGAAGCGAUUCUCGAACUUUGUAAAUCGAAAGAGAUAAUUUUAAAUGAGGGCGAAUGUAUAUAAUUAUUUUAAUACCCUCUGUUGGGGUUUUCUUUUUUUGAACACGCGCGCACGUUCUUCCAGACUCAGUAAAUAUUUUAAUCGCAAUUUUUUGGUAAGUUAUAACGGAGAUAUUUUUUGUACUUCGCUCUUGCGACUUACAAAACAAUUUAAUACACCUAUAUCAAUUCAUAUUAGCGUUACAGUAUUUUAAUCCUGCAUCUAUUUAUAUCCAUCUAUAACAAAAUGAUUUAACUAAUCACGCAAGAGUAUAGUCCUUUUAAGAAAUCUGAAACAUUAUAUACACAUAUAUAUAUACACCCCUUUCAAUCCAUUUGGACUUAUCAUAUUCUUGCCUCCUACAUAUCGAUUAAUCAUUGUUCUUCAUCUUUAUUUAUACCCAAUAUGAAUAUACACUGAAACCCAACGAUUAUCCAGAAUAUAUUGUAAUUAUUAUUUAAGGAUAUACACAUAAAAAAAAAUAUAUAUAUAUAUCCUGAGCUAUCAAAAGAAACUGUAGAACUAUAAUAUACUAUUUUAAAUA